AUGGCGGCAUAUGGAAUAGAACGUAACACUUUGGUGGCCAAAGUGAAGGUUUCAGCGGCAAACCUUAGAGAUAACCAAAGGAAGACCCCUCCUCUGCCAGCAGAGCUGGAGAGCCCGAGGGAGCCCCGCGAAGGACCCGCCUGCUGGCCCCAGCCAGGUGGGGUGAGAGGAAAGAGGCUCCGACCUGGCCGUCCACUCUCCUGGUCCGUCUCCAUCCUCGAGGAGCCUCCCCCCUGCCUUGGCACAGCCGGUCACGAGCCCGAGACGAGGAGGGCCUCGUUCGGGCAGCUGCUGGAGGAAGGGCAGGCGAGCGGCCAAGCUUUGCAUUCCUUCCUGGAAGAAGGCUGCGAUUCUCGGAAAGGUGCCUCUGGCUCCUUCCUGGGCCACGGACAGGGCUGCUGCUGCCACGCCCACCUCGAGAGAGUAAGCGCUCGGGGCUCCUGUGGGGGCCAAGAGCUGCUCCGACUGCCCCGUCCGCCCUUCGCCCAGACACUGCACGGACAGGGCAGAGAAUCGGAACUGGGGAUCAUCCUGGUUGGAAAGACCAGAGGUGGGAAAAGUGCCACCGGAAACACCAUCCUUGGCCGGAAGGAGUUCCAGUCCACGCUUGGGGUGAAGGCAACCACUCUGUCCUGCCAGAGAGGGUGUGGGAGCUGGAACGGCCGGGAUGUGUCAGUGAUUGACACGGCAGACAUCUUUGAUCCAGAAUCCUGCAGUGAGGACUCCUGCAGUGAGGUCAUGCGCUGCGUUGCGCUCUCCAGGCCGGGCCCUCACACUCUGCUGCUUGUGACCCAGGUGGGUCGUUUCACCGCCGAAGACGAGGCAGCCGCAAAGCGAGUGCAGGAUGUGUUUGGGCUGGAGGCCACCAGGCACAUGAUCGUCUUGUUCACCCGGAAGGAAGAUCUGGGGGAUUGGGCCCUGCAGGAUUACGUUAAGGGCUCAGAUAACCAGGCUCUGAGGGAGCUGAUUCGGAAGUGUGGGGGCCGAUUCUGUGCCUUCAGUAACAGGGCGGUCGGAGCAGAACGGGAGAAGCAGGUCUCUGAGCUGAUGGCCAUGAUCCAGGGAAUGGUUUGGGAUAACGGAGGAAGUCAUUACAUCAAUGAGCUGUACUCGGAGCCCAAUUUAACAGACGCAAAGGUCAAGUCUUACCUGGCAGCAAACAGAAGGGCCAGGCAGAGGGCAGAGGGAGGCUUUUGGAGUCAAAGCUUUUGGCGUCGUUUUGGCAGAAAAGUGAUUGGGAUGUUUCCAUGUGCUGCUGCUGGGCUUUUCCUUCUUUACUGCUAUUGGAAUAAUUUCCUCAGCUAUCCUCCUUCAGGGACUGAGAACCACUUGAAGAAUAUGGGCCAGCCGGAGUUUGUGGUUGCUAACGAAGAAAUAGAUAUUGUGGGCAUAACAGAAAACUGGUGGAAUGGAGCCGCCUUCUCUCAACGGCCUGUGCGCCCUCCUGUGCUUAGAAGGGCAGCUCAGCAGCUUCUUCGCGGUUUCUCUCUCUUCGCGGACUGCAAAGCUGCAAGGCCAAGAGGAAGAGCCCGUCAAGGGGCGGCUACUUUCGCUUUCGAGGGUAGUGACGCCACCGCGCCGCCUGCCCAGGACUCGGCCCCUUCCGCCUGCCCCACUGCGCGGCGGUCGUUGCUGCAGCGAGCGGGGACGCGGAGGCUCCGCCUAGCUGGGAGGUGCCUCCGGGGGCUCCUCCCUCCUCCCCGGAACGGAGAAAGCAGCCGCAGCGCAGGGCAAGUCAGACAACCAGAACUGAGGAUCAUCCUGGUUGGAAAGAGUGGAGGCGGGAAGAGUGCCACCGGAAACACCAUCCUCGGCCGGAAGGAGUUCCAGUCCACGCUUGGGGUGAAGGCAACCACUCUGACCUGCCAGAGAGGGUGUGGGAGCUGGAACGGCCAGGAUGUGUCAGUGAUUGACACGGCAGACAUCUUUGAUCCGGACUCCUGCAGUGAGGUCAUGCACUGCAUUGACCUCUCCAGGCCUGGCCCUCAUGCUCUGGUGUUUGUGACCCAGGUGGGUCGUUUCACCGCCGAAGACGAGGCAGCCGCAAAGCAAGUGCAGGAUGUGUUUGGGCUGGAGGCCACCAGGCACAUGAUUGUCUUGUUCACCCGGAAGGAAGAUCUGGGGGAUUGGGCCCUGCAGGAUUACGUUAAGGGCUCAGAUAACCAGGCUCUGAGGGAGCUGAUUCGGAAGUGUGGGGGCCGAUUCUGUGCCUUCAAUAACAGGGCGGUUGGAGCAGAACGGGAGAAGCAGGUCUCUGAGCUGAUGGCCAUGAUCCAGGGAAUGGUUUGGGAUAACGGAGGAAGUCAUUACAUCAAUGAGCUGUACUUGGAGCCCAACUUAUCAGAUGCAAAGGUCCAGUCUCACCUGGCAGCAAACAGAAGGACCAGGCAAAGGGCAGAGAGAGCUUCUUGGCGCAGAACAGUGGUUAGAAUCUGUGCAUGUCCUAUAAUUGUUUUCAUGCUCUUCUACCAGUUUGCCGCAUUCAUUCUUCGGUUCUUCUCUCGUUGCUUUCGGCGUUUUUUUUAAACUCAAUUGAUGGCUGUGCUUUCCGAUGUUCAGUAAAUGAAUAAAUGAAUAUUCUAAUACAGUUAUGAACACA